CAUUUACCAACCAGUCUCCACCACCACUACUACCCUCCGUUAACGACCCUUGCAAUGACGCCGUCUCGUCUCUACCUCCAUCUCCUUCGCCGUUUCUCCACCGCCGUCACAGCUCCCACAACCACCGCAUCCCCCGCCUCAAUCACCGUCUCCAAAGCCAAGUCCAAACUCCGCAAAGUCCACGAUCCCGACAAAGCCCUAGCGAUCUACAACUCCGUCUCCAUCAACCCCUCAUCCCCUCUUUCCUCUCGCUACGCCAUGGAGCUCACCGUCCGCCGCCUCGCCAAAUCCAACCGCUUCUCCGACGUCGAAGCCUUAAUCGAGUCUCGCAAGAAAGACCCACGAAUCAAAACAGAGUCUUUCCUCUCCACGCUCAUCAGAUCGUACGGACGAGCUUCCAUGUUGGACCACGCGGUGAAGACAUUUGAGGAGAUGGAAGAGUUUGGGACACCAAGAUCUGUUGUCUCAUUCAACGCCUUACUCGCUGCUUGUCUCCAUUCCGACAGGUUUGAAAGAGUCCCCCAACUGUUCGACGAAAUGCCUCAGAGUCGUAUUGUGAUGCUGGUUUGGUGGAUAAGGCGAUGGAGACUAUGAGGGUUAUGGAGGAGAAAGGUGUUGAAGUUACCAUCAUUGCUUUCACGACUAUCUUAGGAUCUUUGUAUAAGAAUGGGCAAACCGAUGUAGCGGAAAGCUUGUGGAGCGAGAUGGUUAGUAAAGGCUGUGUGUUGGAUAACACUGUUUAUAACGUUAGGCUGAUGAAUGCUGCUAAGGAGAGCCCUGAGAGAGUCAAGGAGUUGAUGGAGGAAAUGUGUAGUGUAGGGUUGAAACCUGAUACGGUUAGUUAUAACUAUCUAAUGACUGCGUACUGCGUGAAAGGGAUGAUGGGUGAGGCCAAGAAGGUGUAUGAAGGGCUUGAUGAGAAAGAGGGUUGUUGCGCGAAUGCAGCGACGUUUAGGACGUUGAUAUUUCAUUUGUGUAUUAAUGGGUUGUAUGAUCAAGGUUUGGUUGUGUUCAAGAAGAGUGCGGUUGUGCACAAGAUCCCGGAUUUCAAGACGUGUAAGCAUUUGACUGAAGGAUUGGUGAGGAAUAAUAGGAUGGAAGAUGCGAGAGGAGUGGCUAGGGUUGUGAAGAAGAAAUAUCCUCCGCGUUUGGUAACUGAGUGGAAGAAACUAGAAGAGAGUCUUGGAUUGUAUACAAAGGCCAAUAAUGCUGCUGGUUCUUCCCGAACAAGACAGGUGUUAGAUCAAGAAAGUGAUGCUGCUCCAUAAAGCUAAAGAGUAAAGAAGAUCUGUGUCUUGCUUGAACUUUGCUAGGACUUGUUGGAACUGUGAUCCGGGCAUGCAUUUGUUUUCUCAUAAAUUAGCUGAAAUUAUAUAAAGAUGGGAACAAUUAUAUAGCUUUGAUGGAGAUAAAAAUAGCAAAGAUUUUUGGUCUCUGCAUGUCCAUUCAGUUCAUGUAAUGUAGAUCUAUGUUCAACACACAAUGCUUUUAAUAUUGAAUUUAAAUUCCU